AUUUUUACUUUAAAAAUCUUCUGCAAUUGAAUUCCUUGCAGUUCUCGUAAUUCUUUUUGUGCUCUGACGGUUCCUUUGAUAAUUUGUUAUGUUGAUAUUGUGCAAGAAUCGAUCUCUGGUGAAUGGGAUGGCAGGAAGUAUUUUGGCAUCCUUGGCGCAGCAAGGGGCAUACUGAACUACACUUUUAACGAAACCGUUUCAUAAUGUUUAUUUUAUUUUCACAAAAGCAAUUCAAGAAUUUGUAGGCACAAGCUAAGAACUCGUUCAGGAGCAUACGCCGGAAAACAAACCUCCAUUCUUAAACUCCGCUCGUACCAACAAACCACCAUUCAUUCCAAGAAUUUGUAGUCGAUUUUUUUAUAGUUAAAAACUACUAAUUUAAAAUGAAUGGAACCAUGGAUUGGAAAGAAAAGCAUUUGAAUCCUUACGAUGAGCCACGUUCUACAAAUUGCAAUAUCUGUGGUAAUUUUGCAAACAUUUUUAACCGAUCACAUCGUUUGUCUUCAUCUCACCAAACUAAACUGACUGAAAAAUUCAGAAUAAUAAGAUCAAAGUUGAAGAUGAUUAGAUUGGGUUCAGUUGCUGUACAUGAUGAUCAGUGGGGAAGUGAAGAAGAAUUAUGGUGUUAUUUCUGUGACAAGUCUGUUAAAAAACAUCAAGUAUAUGAGGGAUUUACUAUUGAAUAUCUAGGAUAUUUGACCCAUCUCAAUGAUCCCAAACACUUCGAAGCUGUCAAGCGUUAUCUUAGAUAUCAUUAUAGAAAAGAAGAGGCUGAGUUGUUUUGCAAAAAUAAAGAAUUUUUAGACAAGUUUCUGGCCAAAAUUCCUGAAGCAAAGAAACAAUAUUUAGCUAAAAUGGACUUCAUUCAUGAAAAAGAUGUAGCACAUAUGAAAGAAGUUGAAGCAAAACGGCAAUUAUUGGUCAGUGAAGCUCUUCAGGUUCUCCUUUCUGUUAAUGAAAAUGAAGCUGCAAUUUCAACAAAAGGGUCUACUGAGCAAACUAACACAUUUCAGAAUAUAUCGAGUGAACGAAAUAGCAGCUUUAAUCCGAAGCAGAAAACAUGUCCGUGGUUAGUACAAGCGGAGAAGAAUAAUGAUCAACAAGUUCUAGACAAACCAGUUAUUGGCCCCACAAUUAAUGUUUGGAAUAAUUAUGUUGCUGCUGAGAAGAAAAAAAUGUUGCCUAUAAAACGCCUUGGAGCAAAUUUCCGGCGGAAGCAAGUUUACUCCUCACGUUGGUUACCUGCUUUCUCUGGAGUAUGGAAUAAGGGACGGCGCAGGCAAAUAAAAUCGAAUGGCAAGCAUACUGGAUGAGAAAUAUUAGUUUAUUUCAUAUAUUUGUAAAUUUAUCUUUUUUUAUAUGUAAGUUCGUAGAAUUAAAUAAAAAUUUCAUUUUUCUUGUA